UGCAGCACUACCGGGAGUGAAAUGUGGGCACAACAAUAAAAAGAACGACUCUCAAAUACGACUCGUAUCCCUUACCAAAAAGAGCCGUUCAAAAGAAUCGGAUCGUUCACGAACAUAACAUCAACUGACUUCACUACGGCGCACAGCUGCAACAACAGACACUUCCGGCGACUAUAAGCUAAAAGCUCACGCAGUGUGUGAUUCUCUGUCCUUAGCUUCACAGCUGUUUAACUCUUUACAGCUGACAGCGUGCAUUCUUGCAUCCAUUGCUCUGCCCUGCGCAGACUCUAAUAAUCGAGCACCGAGCAGAGACAGUGCCUCACAACAACAUCCUCGUCCUCGGAGUGCCACACCUCUCUAAUAUCAUCUCUCUCAGGUGGUCUCUGUUUACCUGGGGAGUGCAACACAUAAACACACCUGUUCUGUGUUCGACACGAAGCUUUACUAGUGCUGCAACAGGCAGGAUGAAGAGUCCACCUUGGCCCAAAGGAAGGAAACUGGUUCACCUGGAUUUGAAAGGUGCCCCCCCGAGAGUAGGAUACCUUCACAGGCUGAUCGAGCUGUUCUCUCAGCUGGGGCUGGAUGGCCUGCUGGUGGAGUACGAGGACAUGUUUCCUUAUGAGGGGGAACUGAAGCUGCUGCAGGCCACAGUGCAACCUGCUUACAGCCGAGAGGAGGUUUUAUCUAUGCAGGAAUUUGCUAAAUGUAAAGGCCUGGAGGUCAUCCCGCUUGUGCAGACAUUUGGUCACAUGGAGUUUGUGUUGAAGCAUCGGCCCCUGUGGAGCCUGAGGGAGGUGGCGCACUGCGUGGGCACGCUGAACCCCCACAGAGAGGGGGGGGUGCAGCUGGUGAUGGAGAUGCUGAGGCAGGUGGUGGAGCUGCAUCCAGGUUUAAAUACGCUGCACAUCGGAGCAGACGAGGUGUACAUGCUGGGCGACGGGGACGAGUCCAAACUGUGGUUGGCCUCACCUGGACGUACGGUGGAGCAACUUUUCCUGAGUCAUGUGACCAAGGUGGCCCAGGCCGUCAAGGAGGCGUGGCCACACAUGAGCGUCAUCAUGUGGGAUGAUAUGAUGAGAGGCAUGAGCCCGGACACACUGAAGGCUAGUGGUCUCGUGGGACUCGUGCAGCCCAUGUUGUGGGACUACACCCCUAAUCUGGAUGUGGACACGACUGUGUCUCUGCUGGAGAAGUACUGCAGCGCCGGUAUGUCGGACCUGUGGGCAGCCAGCUCCUUCAAAGGCUCCACCUGCGUUUACACCUGUGUGCCCAGCACGCAGAGGCACGUGGAUAACCAUGUGCAGUGGCUGCAGGUGGCUGCGUCUCUCUCUGCUGCUGUCAACCUGCAGGGCAUCGCCAUCACGGGCUGGCAAAGGUAUGACCACCUGUCCGUGCUGUGUGAGCUGAUGCACGUUGCUCUUCCAUCGCUGGCAGCUUGUCUGCAAACACUCAUCCGCGGUCAGUUCAGCGCUGAGGCUCAGAGCAGCGUAACCGAGAGCCUGGGCAUCUCCUCAGUGGAGGCGCAGGCCAUGGGGAGGACUUCUGCGGACGACUCGCUGUUCCCGGGAAGGAGACUGGCCGAGUUAACCGUGGAGCUCGACUCUCUGCUGAACUCGGAGGACAUACGGUUCUUUGACAACAACAUGUAUGUGAGAGGAUGGUUCAGCUCUUACCACCGCCAGAGGAAGACGGUCACCUCCCUCAUCACCAUGCAGAUUCACAGCCAAGCGUUAACGUAUUUGACUACAUUACAGGAGAAGGUGGCGGCAGUGAGGGAGGAGAUGGUGCGUCUGUACCCGGAGUCCACAGCCGAGGAGUGGAUCGAGGAGCACGUCAGCCCCGUGGUGGCUCCUCUGCAGAGGAUUACUGACGACAUCACCGCCCGCCUCAACGAGACGCAGCCGUAGAAUACUUUGCACAGAAUCAAAUGCAUGUUCGCAACCGGAUCGCUCUCAGAUUCUGCUCCUAGUGACACAUCGAGCAACUUGUUCAGAGCAUUAAGGGAAACAGCAGGAAAUAUAUUCAUAUGAUGGCGCUCAAAGUUAACGCCACAACACAUCAGCCCAAAGUCAUUGUAACGCCACUAAUUGUUUUGACGCCGUUAUAACUCUUUGACCGAAGUCGGAUUGCAACUAGCAAGUAAUUAAUAAAGAAAAAGUAUUAUUUGCAUAAAACAAAUCUCAUGUUGAGUAUUAAAUAUGAAAUGAAUUAACGCGCAAAGCUUUGCAAAUAAUCGAGAUUAAAUAUUUGAAUUGAUCGACAGCCUUGAUUCAAUUAUGAUAUUGUAAUUCAUUCCCGAUGCGGCUCAGGUUCUCUGCUAACGGCUCCCGCUCUGCAGCAACACAAUUAUUAUGACUCUCACUGGAAUACAGAAACGGGCACAACACGCAGGGAGUUGAUUUCCCCAUCGUGUGUGUGAACACGUUAGCAGCUUGUGUUCUCCACCACUUUGUGCCAUAAAGCCGCAGCAGACGAAGUAAAAGUGAAGCUUCUAUGGAACCGAUGGCGACGUCAUCGUCCGGCCAUCAUGUUGAGCAAUCCACAUGUACUGAAUGAGAAGUGUCUUUAAAUUCACAGGAGUGCUUCUACCUGUGUUUGUUUGUAUGUUUUAUAAUUACAAUAAACAAAAUCAACCAUCAAAACAUCUUCAUUUCCUUU